CCGUGCCUCUUGCUCCUCGUCCCAGAUCAGUUUCACGAUAUAAUUCUCUUUGCAGGAAUGGCGAAGCUUCAACUUUUCUUUCAAAGCCUAGUUGUAAUUCUGGCAGCGCUUUUUUUUCUCUCUCAUGCUGAUGUUGGCACAGCUGCCCAAUAUAAAACCCCAUAUUUACCCACAGCCUGUUAUGGAAAUGAUGCUUCACAGUUCCCCUCGAACAACCUGUUCGCGUCGGCCGGCGAGGGGAUAUGGGACAAUGGUGCCGCCUGUGGGAGACAGUAUUUAGUGCGGUGCAUAAGCGCGGCUCACCCUAGAACUUGCAAACCCGGCCAGACAAUUCAAAUAAAGAUUGUUGAUCGUGCACUUACUUCAGUUUCUAGGCCUUCCCGGAAUGGUGCUACCAUGGUUCUUUCUACAACUGCAUUUGGGAUGAUAGCCAACCCUUCGGCUUCAUUCAUUAACAUAGAAUUCCAGCAGGUUUGAAGUCAUUAUGGUAUUUGAUUGAUGAGGUGAGGGAGCCCAUCAUUGUUU